CUACAACCAACUCCAUUUCAUCUUUACCACUUCUCCUACAGAUUAUGACUAUUUACUAUCUGAGCCAUUGAAGUUGGAAUAUAGGUUACGAAGAGUUUCUUUCUUAGCCAGGAGCCCCAUCGCGUCGAUUGAAGGCAGACUCGCCGCCAUCUAGGCACCAGUCCACCCCCUGGGCGAAUACUCUCCAGCAGCAUGACUGUCACCAGCGAGGGCGUCUUCGCCACAUCAGAUGGCACGGAACUAUACAUCAAGUCGUGGAAGCCAGAUUCAGGCACCCCUGCGGCCUUACUGGUCUUCGUGCAUGGGUUCUCGGAUCACAUCAACGCGUACUAUGACUUCUUCCCAACAUUGAGCUCGCCUCCACACAACAUCGCCGUGUAUGGCUUCGACCAACGGGGCUGGGGACGUUCGGUCAAGAAGGCCGCCGACAGCGGUAAUACAGGACCAACGACUCUUGUCCUCUCAGAUAUCCACGAUUUCAUCCUCCAUGUCGCAUCACUACCGGAAGCUAAAGGCGUGCCCUUGUUUCUAAUGGGUCAUAGCAUGGGCGGCGGAGAAGUUCUUCACUAUCUUCUAUCAACAUCCAGCUCACUGUCCCAACAACGUCCUAGCAUCUCAGGUCUUCUCCUCGAAGCUCCCUACGUCGAACUUGAUCCAUCAGAACAACCCACAUAUCUCAAAGUCGCAGCCGGGAAACUCGCAGCUCUUCUCCUCCCAAAGACACAACUAAAGCAGAAGCUGCAUCCUACCUAUAUGUCACACUCAGAGCAGGUGAGAAAUGAUUGGGUCAACGAUCCACUCUGCCAUGACACGGGCACUCUAGAAGGUCUCAAGGGCCUUCUACAACGAGCGGCUGAUCUUUCCAAUCUGGGCUACGGUCAUAAAAUUGCUGGUCUACAGGUUAAGCUUCCUUGUCCGGUCUGGUUGGCACACGGGUCGGCGGAUGGAGUUGUGUCACCUAAGGCUGCGCGACGAGUCUUUGAUGUGUUGGAGGCUCCUGAUGGAGAUAAAACUUGGUGUGAUUACCCGGAUGCGUACCAUAAACUGCAUGCCGAGCCAGAUGGAGUUGGGGAGCAAUUUGCAAAGGAUGUGGCUGAGUGGGUUCUAUCGCACGCGAAGAAUCAAGAGGGCUCACAGGUGAGUUCUUGAUCUCCGUGUGUGAUUUCUGUGUAGUUUUACUCAUUUGGUACAGAGCGGAGAGAUCAAGUCGAAACUUUGAAGCUGGCCAGAUAGAUAGGGAUAUUUAAGCGUUGGAAAUCUAUGUCCAAGGAUCACAUUGGGGCAUUUUGCCAACUUGUUUUGAUUUGAACCCCUGAUAUUUGAGACAUGUCCGGAUGUUAGCCGUGAGCAGGCUGCUGAGGCAGAUGCUGGACCCGGUCAAAGUGAUAAAAUCCCACACUUUUGUUUCUAGGAUAUGGAUGGUUAUGAAAGGUUCUCGUGUUCUCUGAUUCUCUGGUCAUCAGGAUGCCAUUGGAGAAGCACUACUGCGCACUAUAUUUAAAUCGCC